UCCAACAUGAGAAUUCCAACAAGUUCACUUUUGCCUAUAGUUGUUCUGACAACUGGGUCUUUGAUUAGUCUAGCAUGUGCUAGUCCUUUCGUAGUGACGAGGGAGUUGGCUGGAGCAGAACGUCACAGACGUGCUAUUGAAAAUGGACCGGAAUCACCAAUUGCAGUGCAAGAACGAAUCUCCGCACCAGUCGUUCAUGGCGAUGUUGCUCAGAUAUCCGCAGACGAAACGAAUACAAUGAGUGACACCUCCCUCACACCGAUAGCACAAAGCAGACUAUCCCAAAUAUUACGUCGAAUGAGACGCUCAUCAAGACCUCAGCAUUCAUCAGCUGACCAAAAAAAAUUGUGUAAAUGUGUAGACCUGAGCGACGUCCUAAAAGGCACAAGCCCUCUCUCAAGAAUCUUCGUCGAUAUCUAUAAUUUCGUGAACUGCGCUCGAGGAUCUCUGACGGACUUGACCGAGAUCGAUUGGUCAGCCCAAGGAGACGAACCGUCAGACGAUAAUGCACCAGGGGCAAAUCAGAAUUUAGCGAAGAAACUCAGCAAUAUACUCAAUCCUAUUAUUGGAUUGUUCCAGUUGGCCUUAUCAGUGGGGCCAGCUGAAGGCGAUGACAGUGAUAUGCAGUCAUUGCCAGCACCUUCGUCUGAGAUUGAUAUCUCUGUCGACAACGUCCGUGGUGGCAUCUCGCCGCUGAUUGACAUGGUCGAGCAGAUGAUGAGCGAUGAUGCAUCUGCCGCAAUAAUUGCGGGGCUCGAGGAUCAGAUUGGAAAAUUUUCCGCUGAAGACAUCGAAAAGAUCGCAUCAAGAGCCAGUGACGACAGGUGUAAACGUCUUAUACGGAGGAAACUUGAGAUUAUUCGUUCGUUCCCUGCUCUCCUCCGAAAAAUUCUCGACGGUGUUGCUGCGCUCACGAAUGUUUUGAAGGACAUACAGUCGUCGGUUGACAAUCCUGACAGUUUGUGCGAGAAACUCAAGGGGCAUCCCAUAAUUUCCGUAAUCAAACACAUCGGCGACUUAUGGGAUCCUGACUCUUCUAAAAAGUCACACUCCUCGCUUACUAUUGGAGAAUUCAAAUAAAGCUAUCGUACUGAAUUCCAAGGGCGGAGAGAAAGGGAACGCAGAGGGACCUAAUGUUGAGAAACGUUAACGAGUAGUCCGGUUGCUCCGCUGGAAGUGGAAUCCUCUUAGCAUUCCCAUACGUUGAAUACAACGACAACUAUGAAGAUCUGGUUAUUUACGAUUCGCCCUCGUCUGGAAGCCUUAGGGACACGUGAGAACGUUCAUCCUCGGCACGUCCUUCAUCAGCCCUGACUGAAUAUCAGGACGAUUCUGAUCGUUCUACAGACAAAACAUUGAUAGCAUGUUUUCCGAUUUUUAAUUAUCAUAUGGCGAUGGGAUUCUCUUG